UGGUCGGAUGAUUUUUGUACUCUUAUUUGUUACAUGGCACACAGUGGAUUGUCUCUGAUAUUAAGUAAUACUCAGUGUAUUGAUUGUCACAUCGAAACUAUUCGUUAUUCCCAGAUCAGUUUAUUUGAAUGGCGUUUUAAGUUCACAAACAGCAAAAGUUGGUCAGUUCAUAGAAGAAUAUAUGGAUUAAGUAUACCUCUUGAAAUUACCCUUAGGUAUGUUGAGGAUAAAAUUGAAAUUGAAAUUUCAUCAAUUAUUGAAGAUGAUUGGGAAUACGAAAUAGGUAAGAGAAUAUGCCUCUUCAAUGACAUUGGUACUAAAAUAGUUUCAGAAGAUGGAGUCAAUUCGUUUAGUAAAACAAAUAAAAUCUGGAUACAAUCCAGUACUAUAACUAAACAUCACCUGAAGAAGGCAAAAUGUUUUAGAAAUGAGGAAAUAAGAAUAAAGUGCGAUUUUUUUCAAACGUCGUCUACCUUGAUUAGUUUAUCUAAAAAUGAGAAGAAGAAAAAAGUGAGACUUGAGUCCACCAAUGCCGAUUGUUUUUUGUAUCUGCAACAUCUGCAACAAGACCUUCACAGUUUGCUUGAGGAUGAGCACUUUGCAGACGUGCAAUUACGCGCUGAAAAUAAGGUUUUCUUCGCACACAAAGCUAUCCUGGCAGCCCGAUCACCAGUGUUCUCAGCUAUGUUUCAGCAAGAGAUGGUAGAUAGCAAUUCUGGCGUUGUUGACAUUCUCGAUGUUAGGACUGAAAGCUUGAAGCUAUUUCUGGAGUUUAUAUACACCGGAGAUAUUGGAGAUAUAGACGAAGAAAUUGCCUUAAUUAUGCUAGUUAUGUCCGAUAAAUAUCAAGUAAGAUCACUGAAAGAGAAGAGUUUGAAAUUUCUGAUGUCAGUGAUAUCUGCAAAUAAUGCUUGCAAAUUUCUGACAACUGCUGACAAGGUACAUUGUGAUGAUUUGAAAUCAACUGUGAUGGAAUAUAUUCUCGAACAUUCCAAAGAUAUUUUAUCUUUGUUGGAGUGGCCAGAGUGGACGAAGAAUAACAUUUAUUUGGCAUCAGAAGUAAUUUCGAAAUUAUUGAAUAAAUUUUAAAAUAAGCCCUGAAGUAAA